AUGCUUCGUUUAACAAGGUAUAAUGAAAUUUCAACCGCUCCUAAGAUUAAAUCCGCUUUAUGGCGUUCUACGAAAUCAUUAGGUCGCAUUGAAUUCCAUAGAUUAUAUAGCUCUGCAAUUAACGGUCCGGUUAUAGGUAUUGAUUUGGGUACAACAAAUUCAUGUGUUGCAAUAAUGGAAGGUAAAGCUCCAAAAGUGCUUGAGAAUUCAGAAGGUGCAAGAACAACUCCAUCGGUGGUGGCAAUUUCAAAGGAUGGUGAAUUAUUGGUUGGUCAAGCUGCUAAGCGCCAGGCCGUUGUUAAUCCAACAAAUACAAUAUAUGCCACAAAAAGAUUAAUAGGGCGUAGUUAUAACGAUAAAUCAGUUCAACAUGAUGCAAAAUCAGUCCCAUACAAAAUAAUAAAACAUUCAAAUAAUGAUGCGUGGGUUGAAGCUUCAGGGAAAAAAUACUCUCCUUCACAAAUUGACAGUUUGGCCAUUCAACGUAUUAGAGAAGCUGCAGAAAAAGCAAAAAUUGAACUUUCAUCGACCCUACAAACAGAUAUCAAUCUUCCAUAUAUUACAGCUGAUAACAGCGGACCAAAGCAUAUUAAUAUUAAAUUGACAAGAGCAAAGCUUGAAUCAUUGGUUAAGAAAUAUGUUGAUCGUACAAUUGAGCCUUGUAAAAAUGCAAUUAAAGAUUCUCAGGCUACAGAUCGUGAUCAAUCAAUAACUAUUGUAGCUUCAUCAGGUCUUACCAGCAAUGAAAUCAACAAGAUGAUAGAUGAGGCUGAAAAGUUUGCUGAAUCAGAUGCAAAACGUAAAAACGUCAUUGAGGCAGCUAAUCAUGCAGAAUCAGCGAUUCAUGAAACAGAGAAAAAUUUAGAUCGAUUCAAAAAUGAAGUGGAUGCUGAGGGUGUCACUAAGCUUAAAGAAAAAAUAGAGAAAUUAAGAGGUGUAGUUGCAAAAGGAGAAGAUGCAAAUGCUGAAGAAAUUAGACAAGAGAUGCAUGAAUUACAGCAACAAAGCAUUAAAUUGUUUGAAGUAUUACAUACCAAACAACAAUCAACUAGUCAAUCACCUUCUGAAGGUAAAGAACCUUCCGAUUCACAAUCAUCAUCACCACCACCAGGUUCUUUUUAA